AGAUAACUCAUUUAAAUGAUAGACCAAUUUGAACAAAAAAAGUGUGGUACAAAUAGGUACCAAAAUAGGGUUCAAGACUCAACAAAAUUACAUAGAGUGUGUAAUUACUUUGUAUGCAAAUACAUUCAUUCUGGUGAUGAUGGCCGGAUCGAGCACCCUUUAUCCGCCACAGCCGACGACGACGGCGCCGGUUAUCAGUCCGCAUUUCGUUGUUCCCUAUCCAGUAGAUCUGGCCGUGGUGAGAAAGGUAAUGACUCUCCAAGAAGGCAAGUUCGAAGUGCUAGACGUGAACGGGAACGUUAUGUUCAAGAUCAAAAGCAAACUCCUCAGUCUUCGAGAUCGCCGGAUCUUACUCGACACUGCCGACAACCCCAUCGCUACUUUCCAGCAAAAGGUGAGCGAUUCAACAAUUGAUUAAUCUGUGCAUAAGUGCGCCGGCCAAGGGGCAGCUGACCUCUGCCCCAUCUCGACCCAUACGCCCAAGAUAUUGACUGCACACAGAAGAUGGGAAGCAUUCAGGGGAGAAAGCACUGACUCAAAAGACCUUUUGUUCAGUGUGAAGAAGUCAUCUCUUUUGCAGCUGAAGACAAAGUUGGACGUAUUCUUAGCAGCGAACACUAAAGAAGAGGUGUGUGAUUUUUACGUGGAGGGGAGUUGGUUGGCGAAAUCCUGUGUGGUGCAUGCACGUGGAGGGGAUGGGUCCUCUACAAUUGUUGCCCAGAUGCACAAGAAACACACGGCUGGGAGCAUACUUGCUGGGAAAGACAACUUUGGGGUGACCGUCUAUCCAAACGUUGAUUAUGCCUUCAUUGUUUCUCUUGUUGUCAUUCUUGAGGAAAUCAACCGAGACAGAUCAGGUGAGGACUAAUGGAUUGAUGUAUGUUUGAGCUAAGCAUUACCUAAAUGUAUAUGCUUUGCCAUCUUUGAAGACCUACACUUGAUGACUUGAUUUAUGCUAGGACCUUUUUUGGGGCUAACAAUGAUCUAAAAGUGUUGAGAAGUUAUAUGUGGGUUGGCAUCCAGGCUCCGGUUUAGGCUUUUGAGUAAAGUUUUUUCAGUUUACUUUUUGGUCUUUUUUUGGUGAAUAGUUUAAGCUAAUUUGUAUGAAGUAAUAUUGUUGUCACAACUGUAGUUUCAAAUCUCACAACUACAAUAAAAGUUUUUCUUUUUCAAAUUU